ACUUUUUUCCAAGAUUUUGAUUCCAGUGGAAUCUUUGCUUUAGAUUUUGUGUGUGUGUGUGUGUUAGUGACUCGUGACCCCGGAAGCAAUGCCUGUGCAGGCGCCACAAUGGACGGAUUUCCUCUCCUGCCCUAUUUGCACUCAGACUUUCGACGAAACUAUCCGCAAACCCAUCAGUUUGGGUUGUGGCCAUACUGUCUGCAAAAUGUGCCUGAAUAAACUCCACCGCAAGGCAUGUCCAUUUGACCAGACUACUAUCAAUACUGAUAUUGAGUUCCUCCCAGUGAAUUCAGCAUUACUGCAGCUCGUGGGUGCUCAGGUCCCUGAGCAGCAGCCCAUUACUUUGUGUAGUGGAGUUGAAGAUACAAAGCACUAUGAGGAAGCCAAGAAAUGUGUGGAAGAAUUAGCCUUGUACCUGAAACCACUCAGCAGUGCCAGAGGAGUGGGUCUGAAUAGCACAUCUCAGAGUGUUCUGAGUCGACCCAUGCAAAGGAAGCUGGUGACUCUGGUCCACUGCCAACUUGUGGAAGAGGAAGGCAGGAUUCGUGCCAUGAGGGCUGCUCGGUCCUUAGGGGAACGGACAGUCACGGAGCUCAUCCUGCAGCACCAGAACCCUCAGCAGCUGUCCUCUAAUCUCUGGGCGGCCGUCAGGGCCCGAGGCUGCCAGUUUCUUGGACCAGCGAUGCAGGAGGAAGCCUUGAAGCUGGUUCUGCUGGCCCUUGAAGAUGGUUCUGCUCUAUCCAGGAAAGUCUUGGUUCUCUUUGUGGUGCAAAGGUUGGAGCCACGGUUCCCGCAGGCCUCUAAAACAAGCAUUGGGCAUGUUGUCCAGCUCCUUUAUAGAGCCUCCUGCUUCAAGGUCACCAAGCGUGAUGAAGACUCCUCUCUAAUGCAGCUGAAGGAAGAAUUCCGGACCUACGAAGCGCUUAGGCGCGAACACGACUCUCAGAUCGUGCAGAUUGCCAUGGAGGCAGGUCUGCGCAUCGCCCCAGAUCAGUGGUCCUCCCUGCUCUAUGGGGAUCAGUCGCACAAGUCGCACAUGCAGUCCAUCAUUGACAAGUUGCAGACCCCAGCCUCUUUUGCACAGAGUGUACAGGAACUAACGAUUGCUCUCCAGCGAACUGGAGACCCGGCAAACUUGAACCGGCUAAGACCCCAUUUGGAGCUGUUAGCAAACAUUGACCCCAGUCCAGAUGCUCCUCCUCCGUCUUGGGAACAACUAGAAAAUGGGCUGGUUGCAGUGCGCACAGUUGUUCAUGGGCUGGUUGAUUAUAUCCAGAACCAUAGCAAAAAAGGAGCAGAUCAGCAACAGCCUCCACAGCACAGCAAGUAUAAGACAUACAUGUGCCGUGACAUGAAGCAGAGAGGAGGGUGCCCGCGCGGGGCCAGCUGCACUUUCGCCCACUCUCAGGAGGAACUGGAAAAAUUUCGUAAAAUGAACAAGCGCCUGGUCCCCAGGAGGCCGCUGAGCGCAUCCUUGGGUCAGCUCAAUGAGGUGGGCCUGCCGGCUGCUGCCAUUCUCCCUGAGGAAGCUGGCUUGGAGUUGCCUAGCAGGAAGGCACCCACACUGCCCAAUGGGAUUGUGGCUACAGGUGGUACUGUGGCCAAGUUGAUUCCACGGGGCACCGAGCCUGGCUAUGAGGCUAGUCUGAAACCCGGAAAGAUGGAGCACCAGAGCAGCAGUGCGCCUGGGUCCCCCCCAGACCUGCUUGACUCUGUCCCUAAGACUAUUUCUACCUUACCUGUGAACCCACAUCCUGUACCUCCAAGAGGGCCCACAGACCUAUCUUCUAUGCCCGUCACCAAACCACCUCAGAUGGUGUCUCGAAUGUCUCCACUGUACCCAGCACAGCAAGCUGACGUUUAUUACCCAGAUCCACGGGCGCCAGCUGCACCUCCCUUUGAGCCAGCACCCUACCAGCCAGGCAUGUACUACCCUCCACCACCAUGUGUGUCCCGCUUCGUCAGGCCACCUCCUUCAGAACCGGCUCCGCCCUACUUGGACCAUUACCCUCCCUACCUCCAGGACCGAGUUGUGAGCUCCCAGUAUGGCGCCCAGCCUCAGCAGUACCCACCCAUGUACCCAGCUCACUAUGAUGGCCGCCGACUCUACCCGCCCCAGUCAUACGGCAGAGAGGAGCUGUUUCGGGAGAGCCCCAUGCCCGUGGAGAUCCCGCCUGCUGCCGUCACCCCCUAUGUCCCUGAGUCCAGAGAUCGGUACCCACAGAUGGACGGUUACUACCCAGUGGCUCCUCAUCCAGCGCAGAUCAGACCCUACAUGAGAGAGUCUCCUUACAGUAGGUUCCCUCCUCCACCUCAGCCACACCCCAGUCUAGAUGAGCUGCACCGCAGACGGAAAGAAAUAAUGGCUCAGCUAGAGGAGAGAAAGGUCAUUUCUCCACCUCCUUUUGCACCCUCACCGACCUUGCCUCCUGCUUACCACCCAGAGGAGUUUCUGGAUGAAGAUCUGAAGGUGGCUGGGAAAUACAAAGGAAAUGAUUACAGCCAGUACUCCCCCUGGUCCUGUGACACAAUUGGCUCAUAUAUAGGAACCAAAGAUGCAAAACCCAAAGAUGUGGUGGCUUCAGGGAGUAUGGAAAUGAUGAAUGUGGAAAGCAAAGGAAUGAGGGACCAGAGGCUGGAUCUUCAGAGGCGAGCAGCAGAAACCAGUGAUGACGACCUCAUUCCCUUUGGGGACCGGCCCACUGUAUCUCGGUUCGGUGCCAUCUCUCGAACUUCCAAAACAAUAUUUCCGGGCGCUCCCACCAAAUCUCUUAACCUUUCAGAGCUUAAUCCAUAUGGCAUCCAUGGCGGCUGGGGGGGCAUCCCAUACUCACAACAUCCAAACACGCCUUCUCCAGGACACUUCAAUGACAGAGAGAGAAUUUCCAUGACCGAAGUGGCCAGUCAUGGAAAACCACUUCCAUCUGCUGAGAGGGAGCAACUGCGCCUGGAGCUGCAGCAACUGAAUCAUCAGAUCAGCCAACAGGCCCAGCUACGUGGACUGGAGAGGGAGGGGGGUGCUGUAGCCGCCCCGCCUCAGCCCUUGCCCCCACCGCCCAAGUGGCCCGGGAUGAUCUCAAGUGAGCAGCUGAGCCUGGAACUACAUCAAGUGGAAAGGGAAAUUGGAAAGCGGACCCGGGAACUGAGGAUGGAGAACCAGUGUUCUCUGGACAUGAAAAGCAAAUUGAAUACGAGUAAGCAAGCAGAAAAUGGACAACCAGAAUCACAGAAUAAAGUCCUAGCUGAGGACCUUGCAUUAACAUUCAGUGAUGUGCCAGAUGGAUCCACCUUGACACAAGAGAAUAUCAGCCUGCUUACAAAUAAGACCAGCUCUCUGACCCUGUCAGAGGACCCCGAGGGCGGAGGGGACGGCAGUAACUCCCCGAGACCAGGAGUCACACUGAGCUCUGCUCCCUAAAGGAUGGGAGAUCCUCGUUUUCUCUUCUGCUCCACAUUUGUUUGUGAAACAGAGGGGUAGGAGAAUGGAAAAUGUUUCAACAUUUUUCUCUGAGAGAGGUCAGAGAAAUGGAGGAAAAGCACCAGAGGCAAUGUGCACAAACACCACUACUUACAAAAAAGCCCUGCACAUAGUUCACACUAAUACAUUUUUUAAUUUAAAAAAAAGAGAGAGACAAAGAAAAAAAGAAAAUUAGCAGUAUCUGCAAGCAAUUCAGAUUAAAUUUGUUUUUGUUCUGUGAAUGAACUUUAUUUUAAUAACUUUGGACGCCUUGGAUCCAGGGCUUUAAAAAAGAAGAUAUUAUAUAUACACUCUGUUUGAUUAAUUGUAUGAUCUUAAUGAAGUAGGUUUUUCCUGUAUUUUUGGUAUUAUUACAUACCCAGUGUAUAUUUCCUACCCCCAGAACUUUUCUUUCCAGAUCUUCAUAGUCUUGUAGAUGAAAACAGACAAAAAGAAGCACUGGCUUUUCUGAGAAUUCUUUGGUGCUUGGGAACCAAA